AUGACCUUUGUUCGGAACAAUUCCUUUAUUUCGCAGAAACUUGAACACUUCUUAUGUAUAUAUACAGAAAGAACAAAAGAGAAACAGAAAGAUAAAAGGAAAAAAAAUUCCAAAAUUCUUCUAAAUCUUCUUCCCAUAACAUUACUUGAGCUUGCUAAAGAUAGCGAUUUAUUUCUUUUUCAAUGGCAGUUGCAUGCGAAGUGGUCCGUACUUUGA